AUGGCUGAGGUUCAAGGCACCAUGGAUCCGGUUUUUCAGAAGCUCCGAGAUUCCUUCCAGGAAAAUUUACGUAGUGGGGACGAACUUGGAGCCGCUAUCAACAUCAACAUAAACGGCAAAGAUAUUGUCGAUAUCUGGGGUGGCUACGCCUCCGAGGACAGGAGCAGACGAUGGACCCCAGAUACGAUCACAAAUGUGUACUCCUCGACCAAGACUGUUGCAGCCAUCGCCGUCCUGAUAGCUCACGAGCGCGGAUUGCUGAGCGUGGACGAUCCCGUCGCAGACUACUGGCCGGAGUUCGCUGAGAAUGGCAAAGACAAGAUUCUCAUUCGGCACAUCAUGGCCCACAGCUCAGGUCUCUCAGGAUGGGAGAGUCCCAUAACAAUCGAGGAGGUUUGCGAUGUGCCCUACUCUACCGCCAGAUUGGCGAAACAGGCGCCAUGGUGGGAACCGGGCUCAGGCAGCGGCUACCACGCCACCACGCAAGGCCACCUGUUAGGUGAAAUCAUUCGACGGGCCACUGGCAAACCUAUGAAACAAUUUGUUGCGGAAGAAGUAGCCAGACCCUUGCAAGCAGACUUCCAGAUUGGGGCAGCGGAAGAAGAUUGGCCUCGCAUUGCUCCAGUCGUCUCGCCUCCACCGCCCCCGUUUGACGUCGACAGCUUAGAUCAGAAGAGCAUAAUUUACAAAAGCUUCUUCAAUCCAAGGACAGCCGCAUCAUUUUCACAGAAACCUCUGUGGCGCCAUGCAGAUAUGUCUGCGGUCAAUGGCCACGGCACCGCUAAGGGCCUCAACCGUAUCCUUCGCACAGUCACUCUGUCCGGCACGCCAUACGAUGACGCAAAACUCCUAUCGCCCACGACCGUUGAACAGAUAUUCCGGACCCAAUCCGACUCAAUGGACCGGGUAUUAGGCAUGCCUUUACGGUUCGGUAUCGGAUUUGGAAUUGGCGGUGGACUAUCGGAGAAAACUUUCGAUUACCUUCCACACGAGAAGAUGUGUUUCUGGGGAGGAUGGGGCGGAAGCUUUGCCAUCUGUGACCUACACCGUGGUGUAACCUUCACCUACAUUAUGAAUAAGAUGGGCGCGGGCAUUAUGGGCAAUGAUAGGUCAAUUGAUUAUGCUAGAAUAGCAUGGCAGAUUCUCAGGGACGAGGGAAGCAAUUGA